AUAACUGAAUAUUAUUGAGAAUGUAUGGAAUGCCAUAUCAAAACUGUAAAGUUCCCAGUUGUCAAAACUGACAGCUUUGAAAGUGUACAAUUUGGAGAUCUAAAGAUUGGAGUAAAAGGACUAGGAUGUGUCUACACGCUGUACGCGAGUGGUUGGUGCUGCUGACCAUGGAGAAGUACGCCGGUAAAUUCGUGGAGCGGGGCUACGACAGCCUUGCCCGCUGCAAGUUAAUUAUCGCCAGCGAUCUAAUCGUGAUGGGAGUGGAUGAUCCUGCCCACAGAAAGCUCCUACUGGACGGAGUCCAGUUCCUGAUCAACGCACCCGAAAAGUUCAUCUGCACGGAGCCUUGUGAGCUGCACAAUCAUGUCGAACUGCAAUUGGAUCCGGAUGUUGAGUUUGAUUCGUUGAAGAGCUUGGAGAAUCAGGAUUUUCCAAAAGUACCUGUUGCGAAUUGGCUAACAUCUUCACCAAAGAUGGCGAAAAAGGGCUUAUCUCGGGACUUUUUCGACUUAAAUGUCAAAGAAUAAAGAAAGGCUUCAGUGAUAAGGUUUCUUAUAUAUUUUUGAGAACCAAUAAAACGCUUAAUGGAGUAUGGAUUAUAACCCCAACCAAUCUUAAACAUAA